UGCUCCCACAGCCAGAGUGGCUCUGGUGAAAGCCAAGUGCUCUGUUCCUUUCUGUGCCGAGCAGUGGAGAGAAUAUUAAAUCCCCUGAUGUUCCUCGGGGGAAGCACAAUCCCAGCAACUGAGGACUGGGAAUCCUGGGCUGUGUUCCUGGCUGGGGGUGGGCACCUCACCCCACACCCCACAUCCCUCCCGUGGGAUUUAGGGGCUCUGAUCCCACGCUGGAUCCCACAGGAGCUGCUUUUUGCAGAGCUGGGCCUGCCUCUGCUCGCCCUCAAAGCUUCCCAAACCUGGCCUUGCCUCCUCCACGGGAGCCAGGCAUUAAUUAGCCCUCUGUUAAUGCCCUGAGGAUGCUGCCUGAGGCUUGUUUUAAAUGCAAAGCUUCUUACAGCUGGAGCAUUUUGUCUCCUGAAGACAACUGGGAGCACAUCUCCCCCUCCCCGACCCCUUCUUGUCCCCGUGCCCAAAUAAUUGUCCCGAUUCUUGCAGUUUGUUGUUUGGCUUCUACAACCCAGCCCCGGAUGCGGGUUUUGAGGUCGGAGGGGCGGAAGGAGGGACGUGAUGGAGGGAAAGUUGCAGCUCUCUUGAAGGGUCUUUAAGAGCAACCUGCAGCCAGCAAAGCUGCUCCCCCCCUCCCUGCCACCCUCACAGCCGGGUGGGUGCCUGAGGAUGGUAAGAAGCUUUAUUUUUGCAGGGGUUGUUGCUUUCCAGUCUUAAUUUAAACUGCUUUUUUCCUGUCCCCGAAAAGCCAAGUGUUUCUUAAAAUGUCUUUAAAACGCUCUUGUCUAGAAGAGUUUGCAGAUCUGUCGGCUCCUCUGAUCCCCCCCAGCUCGCUGCAGGAUUGUUUGGAGCCCUAAAGAGGGGUUGCUUGUCUCCUUUUGGGGGGGCUGAAGAAUCCCGAGAGGAAUUAAGUGGGAAAUCUGCCUCCCGCAAUCCUGAGCUAUUCCAUAUGGAACAGGCUCUGUCGGGGGAUUGAAAUACAAAUGAUGUGGGAGGUCCCCGCCCCGACAUCCCGAGGGAAAGGUAGUGGGAAUAGGGAGCAGCUGGGUGUGCUGGGUGGAGGAUUUGCAGCUGGAGGAUGAAGUUGAGAUAAUUUCCUGAGCAGUAACGACGGGGAGGAAGCGGCGGGUGCUGGGGAAACUGGGCAAAAACGACUCUUCCUCAAGAAUUUGGGACUCGAGAGCGGCUCGGGAGGCAUUUCUCCCGCAAAAACCCGCCCUGCGGGGCUUUAUUUUUAGGUGGAGGACGUGGAGGGAGAACAGAUGUUCUCGAGGGCUUAUUUUUAAAACAAAACUCGCUCCUCGAGCUACAGAAUUAGCUCAGAAAAGUCACUCCUUGCCCUGAAAGAUGCUCUCACGGAAAACUCCCCGGCAUCUCCAUUCCCAGAGCGGGCGGGAUAAAGGUGCGACGGCGGCUCUCGCUCUCGGAGAGCCACGUCAGUGGAAACUCUGGGGGGCUGGGGGUGUCUCAGGCAUUUGAUCUCUGGCCUGGGCCGUGCAGGCAGCACCCCCAAAAUACCUGGAGUGGCUCAGAAAUCCCAGGGUCCCCCAGAGGGAGAUGUGGAGUAUCCAGGGAAGGCACAGGGGGCUGUGGUGGAAGGGGCUGGGCUGGGCCGGGCCGUGUGUGUCUGUGCUGGCCGAAAGAAAGGGUGUAAAUUGAUCUUGGAAAAUCCUCACGGAGGGAUUUUGGUGGAGCACGUCCACACAGGCACCCCAGGACAGAUGGGAGGCUUCAGGCCUGGGUGUGGAGCAGCAGCUUCUCAGCCUCUGGAGAGAAACCUCCUCUCUCUGGUUCCAUCUCCAGCCGCUCUCUUGGAGGCUGGUGCGGAUUUCUGGGGCAUUUCCAGUGAAAACAGCUCCAUCCAGUUGGGUCAUCGCAGCUCCUGCUCUGCUGGGCUCUGCCUCGGGUCCCAAAGCCUCUCUGGGUUGGAGCUGGGAUCGUGGAAUCACAGAAUGGUUGGGGUUAGAAGGGACCCUGGAGAUCCUCUUGUUCCCCCCUUGUGUUGGGUUGUCCCCCGUGAACACACAGACCCUGCUCCAGAGGGGUCCAGACAUGACCCCUUGUCCUUUUGCUUGGGGCCCCAUCCUGCUGGUGCUGAGUUCCUGGGGAGGGUCAUUCACCCUGCUCCUUGGUGGUGCUGGGAGAGACGGUGUGGGAAGGGCAAAAAAGAGGGACAAUCCAGUGGUGGAGGAAACCAGCGGGAUUUUGCACAUAAGGAACAGGGAGAGGCCGUGGGGUGCUCGGGGGGACAACCAGCCCCAUCCCUGCCGCCCUCGCUGCCCUUCUGCCGGGAUUUGCCUCCUCCCACCGUCCAGGCUCUGCUCUCUCCCAAAGCUGCUCCUUCCUCUCCCAGAAAGGACAGUUAAAUGCCACCCAAAGGGCGGCUGAGACCUCCUAAAGCUCCUGUUAAACAGCAGCGAGGCCGCUCAGGAGCUGACCCAGCUGAUGGAACCAACUCUUCCCUCUGGCUCGGCCGCUCUGUUUGCCUUUCCCUGCCUCCCCCCUCUCCUCUAAUCCAGGCUGGAACUGCUCCCAGGGCCCAGCCUGGGGCUCUCCUGACCCCGCUCUCGCCGUCCCCCCAGCUGGGAGCCCUGGCUGUGACUCUGGGGGUGCUGCUGGCCCUGCUGGGCUGCGCCGCCGCCCCGGAUCCCGCCCUGGAGGAGGCCUGGGAAGAGUGGAAGAGUCUCCAUGCCAAGGAGUAUCCAGGGGAGGAUGAGACCUUCCGCAGGCAGAUCUGGGAGAAGAACCUGCACCACAUCCAGCAGCACAACUGGGAGGAGGCGCAGGGGAAGCACAGCUACCGCCUGGCCAUGAACCACUUCGGGGACCUGACAAACGAGGAGUUUAAGCGGCUCCUGAACGGCUUCAUCCCAGCGCAGCAGGAGGAGCCAGGGCGGGUCUUCCGAGCCUCAGAGACCCUGAAGACCCCAGUGAGAGUGGACUGGCGGGCCAAGGGCUAUGUGACACCCGUGAAGAACCAGGGGUUCUGCGGGUCCUGCUGGGCGUUCAGUGCCACGGGGGCCUUGGAGGGGCUGAUGUUCAAGCGGACGGGGAAGCUGGUGGUGCUGAGCGAGCAGAACCUCAUCGACUGCACCCAAAAGCUGGGCAACCGCGGCUGCUGCGGUGGCCACAUGGAACAGGCCUUCCAGUACGUGCACGACAACGGCGGCCUCAACUCGGAGCGUGUCUACCCCUACGUGGGCACGGACAACUCCCGCUGCCGAUACAACCCCCGGGACAAGGCGGCCAACUGCUCCGGCUUCGUGAGGGUGGCACAGGGCAGUGAGGAGGCCCUGGCGCAGGCGGUGGCCACCGUGGGCCCGGUGUCGGUGUCGGUGGAUGCCAGCUCCUUUCGCUUCUACAAGUCGGGCAUCUUCGGCUGCGGCUCUGGCAGCUGGAGAACGAACCACGCCAUGCUGGCCGUGGGCUACGGCACAACCCGGAUGGGUGGGCACAACCUCAGCUACUGGAUCCUAAAGAACAGCUGGACAGAGAGGUGGGGAGAGCAGGGCUACAUGUUCCUGCUGAAGGACGCCGGCAACCAGUGUGGGGUGGCCAACCAGGCCAGUUACCCCCUGCCCUGAGCCAGGAGAGCCCCCCCCCCGCCCCAGCUGAGCUCCCACGGCUGUUUCCUUCUGGAAAUGGGGCUUUUCUUCGAGUGCAGCAAGAAGCAAUUAAA